CAAGGGCUUCAGUAGCUCUGGUGGCCGAGGCGCCGAGAGGGAGUGCGCGAGGCGAGCGGAGGGAGCGGAGCGAUGUCGGAGCCCGGUUCGCCGGUCUCUCUGGGGUCCCGAUGGGCCCCGACCCACGUCCAGGUCACGGCCCUCCAGGCGCGGGGCCUGCGGGCCAAGGCCAAGGGCGGCCAGGGCGGCGGCGGGAGCGACGCCUACGCCGUAAUGGCGCUGGGCAAGGAGAAGUUCGCCACCUCGGUGGCCGAGCGCUGCCAGGGCUCGCCCGUCUGGCGGGAGGAGGCCACCUUCGAGCUGCCGCCGGCGCCGCGACGGGGCUUAGGCGCGGGAGCCGGAGGAGGAGGAGGAGGGGGCCCGCUGGUCGCCCUCAGCUUCACCGUCUUCCACCGCGCCCUCCUCGGCCUCGACAAGUUCCUGGGGCGCGCCGAGAUCAGCCUGGCCGAGCUGCAGGCGGAGGGGGCGCGUCGCACCACCCGAUGGUACAAGCUUCACUCCAAACCAGGGAAGGAAGAAAAAGAGAGGGGUGAGAUUGAAGUGGAUAUCCAGUUUAUGAGGAGCAACAUGACAGCUAGCAUGUUUGACCUCUCCAUGAAGGAUAAGUCCCGGACUCCGUUUGGCAAGCUGAAGGACAAACUAAAGGGGAAACGUGGCAAUGGGUUGCCAGACACAGCAUCCGCUAUUAUUCCUAGCAUUAGUCACUCACCGGCUGACAGUGAGGAAGAGUCAAAUGAGAAAGAGAAGAAAAAAUCAAAGUUCAAGACUCUGUUCUCCAAGCCUGGUUUACAGAAAAGCACUCUUUCCCAGUCUAUGUCUGUACUACCUACUCACCAAGAAGCGUCAGGGAGGGUUCGACUUAGACCCAGUGACUUUCAGUCAAAGUGGGGUGAUGACGACGACGAUGAAGACACUUUGACUCCAGUCUCAGAAAAGCCUUUUACAAGUAGAGCUGAAGGUAACUUGCUUUAUCCCUCAUCUGGCACGUCCCAUAAAAGAACAGGUAGUGGGGACAGCAGGCAAUUAAAUCAAAUCACUGGUAGCAAUAUGAAGGAGCCACAUUCUUUAUUUGGCCUGAAAUCUAAAAGUGAUCCAACUUCCAGAUCCAACGUGUGUAUCAAUGGCAGUCAUAUUUAUAUGGAAGUACAUGAAUCAAAAAGUGACGCCUUUUUGAAAGACAGCACUCCAUCUUCUCCUCAGAUCUCCCAGAGAAAGCGUUUGUUUUUGUCUCAGGAGAACUUGUCCCCUGAUCUCAGUAAGGAAGGUGAAAACACAGGACGAUUUCCCCCUCACAAAGAGCCACCUGGAUCUUCCUCAUUGGAGUCAUUUAAAGCCAUGACUUUGCCAUCAUACAAACUGCUAAGUGGUGAGGAUUUGCUUGAAAGCCACAAUCCAGUGAUUUCAGAAACUCUGAAAGAAACCAAAGAUGAUAAAAAAACAGACACUCCAAAAGAAACCAAAGAUGAUAGAAAAACAGACACUCCAAAAGAAACCAAAGAGGAUAAAAAACAGGAGAACAAGAAAUCAGGAUUGCUUUCUCUUAUGACAGGAAGAAAGGAAGGUAAAAUCAGUGAGGAGGUGGAGAACAAUGCUGAUACCUCUCUCAAGAUGAAGGAAGUGAAACGUGAUGAAAAAGAUUUGCCAAGGAAAGAGGUGAACCCUUUUGAAGUCCCUGCUGAUAACAAAGGGAGACAUGGCCCAGAGAAAAGCAGUGCUGCCGAAGUCCCGAAUGUGAAGGCAUCCCUGAACCCAUUUGAUGAAAGCGUCAUGGAAGAAGAGAAAGCAGGAAAAAAUGCAAUUUCUGUGAAGCCAUCUCAGACCAAACCCGUGAAACCCAGACUGGGCGUGUCUUCAGAGGAUGAAACCAAAGCCACUUUUCCUAUUCCUGUACCUCCUUCUACUUCUCUGCUGUCUCCUUUCUAUCACUCUGAUAAUGAGAACAACCCUUUUAACUUCAAACAGAAACAAGAGCAGAAAGUUCAGAACACAGAUACUUUUAUUAGUUCUUUGAUAACUCCUCCUGCAAGAUUUAGCAAUAAUCCAUUUCUGUCCAAAUGGGAGCAGGGAUCCAAACAAGAAGGCGUGGAGUGCUCUCCUUCAGCGUCUUCCCAUGUUCUUUCUCCUCCUGAUUCCGGCAAGGCCAGUAACCCCUUUUCUCCUCUAUGGCGACAGAAAUCCCAAACACAUGAUUUUGAAAACUCUGCUGAACCGCCAUUGUGUUUCCAGACUCCUCUUCCAGAUACUGUACUUGAAUCACACCCUCUUCCUUGUCAGCCUUCUAAUGCAGAUGAUCAUCUUGUAUCAGACCUGGGAAAGGGCUCUGAAAGCUUAAACAGUCCUCCCACAUCUACCUCUGUAGCAGGAAACCUUGAUGAUUCAAAGUACCUAGAUGUUUUGAAGCCUCAAAAUGAAAACUUUGCUAAUCAAACAGAUUCUGUAUUACGUUCUGGUGGAGCACUUGCUCUCAGUGAGCCUAGUGUAAUAGUGAAGUCUUGGGGUGAUGACAAACUGCACAUAGUACCACCAUUUAAAGAAAACAGUGGAAGAAUGAAGAAGACAGUGACCUUUGCCCGUGAUGAGCUGAAAGAUAAUGAUGAAGUAAACAGUGUCAGUGAGAUAGCAGAGGAAGAUUUAACUGAGAGAUGGGAUGAAGAUGAAAACAGAGAUGCAAUAAAACCCAUUGAAGGGCGUAAGAGACAAGGACUUGACCUUGAUAUAGAACAUCAGUUUGUUUCUAAAUGCCUUGAUGGAGGAACACAUUCUGCUUAUGACAAUGAUAAUCCUUCAAGAACUGAAACUAAAGGCUUGGUUACAGCAGAGCCACCAUUACCAGCCCCAAGAAUCCUUUUGACUUCACCUAAGAAAACCAACACAUCAAAGGCUGUAAUUGAUAGUGGUCCUUUUCCUCUGCCUCCAAAGCCAAUGCCAAGAACAAAACGAAAAGAUACAGAUUCUCCUUUAACUGAUGCAUUGAAAGCAGAAGAUGCCUUAAGCACUGGGUUUAAAAAAAUGUCUUCAGAUAAUUCGGUCUCCAAGGAAGAGCUAAUCAGAACUACUACAUUAGCAACUCCAGAAUCAACUGUACUUUUGUUUGGAAGAGACGAUGGUACCAUGGAUUCUUCUCGGUGCACUAAUAAUCACUCUAGCAUUAUUUUGAGCACAAAGCCUCAGAGUUUACUUACUGGAGAUGUGAAUAUAAAAGGCACCGUUCUUCCUGUUAUCUCAGAAGUAGGAUCAGAUGAUGAGCAACUGAGUGAUUAUCACCAGGAAUCUGAAAAGAUGGUAGUUUGUGUAGACUUUUCAAGGAAUGGUGGUGAUUCUAGAGCGAGAGAGAUGCUAUCAAAGGAGAAGGUUGUUGAUGAGAAGCAGAUAGUAUCACUGAGUGUGAAAACAAGUGGGCCCGGUGGUAUUUUUAAACCCAGAAAGUCACCGGUUAGUCCUUCAGCAGUAAGACUUCAGAAUGAAAGUGGACUGGAACAAAAUGGUACUCGCAGUCUAAAGGAAGAUGGAGAGAGUUAUCCUGAGUUUUCUGAUAAACCUUUUUCUGUUUCCAAUUCUUCUCAGUCUUACUCUGUUAACUCUUUCCAAUCUGAUGCUCUUGGCUCUUAUAGUACAGAAUCUACGAAAAAAUCUACAAUGAAGGGCUUGGAUGCUAAACUAGAAACCUCUGGCCAGAAGAAGCUGCUUCAGGCAAGGGUUUCAACCUCUGAAACACAUCCUAAUCAAACUCUGCAGAGUGUUGGAUCUUGCCCUCCUAAGUUCAGACUUCAUCCUGUGAAGCCCAUGAAUACUACAACAAACAAACAACCUGCAAAAACUUUCAACGCGAAGAUCCUGGAUAACCAGAAUGAAGCCAAUAUAAAGAAAUAUGACCCGUCAGAUCCUGCUUAUGCUUAUGCUCAGUUAACACACGAUGAACUGAUCCAGCUGGUCUUGAAGCAGAAAGAUGUCAUUGCAAAACGAGACCUCCAGGUGCGGGAGUUGCAAGACUACAUAGACAACUUGCUUGUCAGGGUCAUGGAGGAAACGCCUAACAUUCUUCGGGUUCAAGCCCAUGUGAGCAAGAAAGCAGGAAAGAUGUGAGAUCGUCAUUUACCAUGGAUAAGAAUUUUAUUGUGUGCUCCUAUAUUGGAAGCAGAUGCUGAAAUAACUCCUGUGUGUACCAAAACCAUUUUUUUUCUUUUCACUAAGCUCAAGAUGAAUUGCUUUCUCUUAGAUUUGUGAACAAUUAUAUAACCGAAAAUGCCAAUCUUCUUAAAAACAAAAUCAUCCCUUGACCGUUUAAUACACCGUUUGUAUUGUGCUGCUCUGCUGAGGUUAAAGGUGUGAAUUUAUGGAACUGGAAAUUAUUCUACAACUGGAGCAUUUUUGAAGAUUUCGUUUAAAAGUUGUCAUUUUUCCCCAUAGUUUUCAGAAACAUAUUCUUCUUUGACUUCUUUUUAAGGGUAUUUUUAAUUUUAGUGCAAUAUAAGUAAUCAUAUGUUAAUUUAGAUAUAUUGAAUGAACUUUAUUUGAGUAAGGUUAGGGUUAGGGUUAGGAUUUGAGCAUGGUAAAUAAACCUGGGUGGCCUUUUUUAUUUAAAG